AAAGCACGCGGAUCGUCUCGAAAUAUAUUAUACAGAUUAUUCACCGGUCAUGUAACAUCGUCAAAUCUCAUUUUGCUGUAAAUCUCCAUCUCCGAUCAAUUUAAACAGAUCUAACAGAAACGAUGUCGGGAAGAGGAAAGGGAGGAAAGGGACUGGGAAAGGGAGGAGCUAAGAGGCACAGGAAAGUGCUGAGGGAUAACAUCCAAGGCAUCACCAAGCCCGCGAUCCGUCGUCUCGCCCGCAGAGGUGGCGUCAAGCGUAUCAGCGGCCUGAUCUACGAGGAGACCAGAGGAGUUCUCAAGAUCUUCCUCGAGAACGUCAUCCGCGACGCCGUCACCUACACCGAGCACGCGCGCAGGAAGACUGUUACUGCUAUGGAUGUGGUCUAUGCUCUCAAGAGGCAAGGACGCACUCUCUACGGGUUCGGCGGUUAAUCAACGAGUGGUUGGGGGAUUAGGGUUGUUAAAUUGUAGCUAAAUCUUUAGCAAUCUUGUGCUGUUAAGUUCUCAAUUGAAAGUGGUGAUGUCUUUGUUACUUUGGUCGUGUAAUAUGAAUCCAAACUCGAAGUUUAACUUUCA